GGCGAAACCUGGGGGUAAACGUUGAAAAUAGCCAAACUUGGAGUCCGCCCCAGACACCGAAACUGAAACCCCCAAUCCAGCCAAGUUUUGACGGAAAACCCGUUGUCUUUGGCAGCGUUUUCUCCCAAAUUCAAAAAUCCCUCAAGAAUUAUAUAAAUAAAUCUAAGCCCACCUCACUCCCUACUCUGAAUCUCAAAAAGCUUAAACGAAUUGAAGCAGUUAGGGUUAGGGUUAGGGUUAGGGUUUUGAACAAAAAAUGAAAGCUUCUCUAAAGUUCCGCGAGGACCAGAAGCCACUUCUCAGAGCCAAAGUCCCACUCAGCAUUUUAGGCUUGCCGUUCCAGUCCGGGAUCGUAGCUGGCGAGUCCAAGGAGCUCACCCUCAAUCUCGGCACCUUCUUCGAAUCCGGGCCGUCCUUUAAGAUCGCUUACCGCCCCAACGAAACGUGGAAUCCGUUCUCGCUCGUGAUCAAGACCGGGACGGGGUCGUACGGCUCGCCCAUCUCGAGCUCCAUGCUGAUGAGCGCUGAGUUCAAUCUGAUUGGCCGAGGAAACCCUAGCUUUAUGCUCCACUUCAAGCCUCAAUUUGGGGAUUUCUCGGUUAAGAAAUCGCAGUCCUCGGUCUUCGAUAAGACGAAGGUUGCGCCUGUGGACGUCCUCGUCUCGGAGGGCGAUGAGUCGAUUGGGGUGGUGGAGAACCCGGUGAUGAAUGGCGCGUUACACGGCAAGAAAAUUACGGCCUUGACAACGGAUUGGCCCGCCGGGGUGAUCUCCGGGCUGUUAUCCGGAAUGGAGGUGGCGGCGAGGACGAACUUACCGGUGAGAAGCCGCGCCGUUGUUAACUUCCGUUGGGGGGUUAGGGUUCCGGCGGAGAUGAAGAGUGCGGGUAAUAAUCCAACGGCCGGGAUUGCGUUCCAGAAGAUCCCCUUCUUGGUCAUGAACAAGAUAGGGAUCGAACACGUGGACGGAGGAGAUUCCAAGAAUAUCACAUCCAAGGCGGGCCCGGAUUCGGCCCUCGCUGCUAGUGUUGACGUGGCGGAGGCCUGUUUCAGUGUCAAGCGUCAGCUGGAGGUCUUGCAAGCGGAGAAUGGGUUGUUGAAAAAAGCCGUGGAGGAUCUCCGUCGAGAAUUCGCCACCGCCGCCGCCGCCGCGAAAUCUGUCUCGCCGGUGGGAGAAUCGAGCCCCGGAAAAUACCGGGACUUUGAAAGAAAUGGAAAUAAAGCCCCAGGCGGCAAAUCGGAUCGCCGAAACAGCGAGAAUGAGGAGGUGAAAAAGGCGUUUAUGGGAGCUACUGGCUCUUGAAUUCGUCGAAAUGGCACCAAAAUUUUGUGAGUUUUGUUUCGGGGGUUUCUGAAUAUUGUUAGUAUUUGUUUUGUUUCUUUUAGUCAUGUCGCGAUGGAUAGCCUUGCAUAUGUAAAUUGUGAUUUCUUUGGGUUUGCACUUUUAUAUCAUAUUAUUUAUAGAAAAUAAUAAUAAUAAUAACAAGUCGUUGUGUAAUCUUA